UGUAGCGCCGAGCGAUCAGGAGGACGGGCCAACCGGGGGCCGUCUGUCUGGCCCUUCGACACGCGGUGCGUCGACAGGCCGGCCGACGACGACGACGACGACGAAGACGAAGACGAGCUUAGCGGCGCGGGAGACUGUCGUGUGCUGAGCCGCACGUUGCCUCUCCCUCGGGGACCGCGAGAGACCACCGGGCGCAGGGAUCAGGAGCGCGGAUUAGGUGAGGCAAAAAUACCUCGGGAUCGUCCGCAGGACUUCAAGGUUGCCGCGGACUACAUAGGCAGAGAGGAGGAGGAGGUGGUGGUAGAGGAGGACCCUAGGCCGACACGAUGCGGCCCAGGGCCCCGACAACGUCAACAAACACCGGCGACGAGGACCGCGGCAUCUCGCGGCUGGUCUCCCCGCUCGUCCUGCGAAUCACCUGCGUCCUUGCCCUACUGGUGCUCGCCGCCACAUGGAUACCGGUCGCCGAGGCUGUGAAGUGCAAAGAUUCGUACAAAUGCAAUUGUACCGGAGUAAAAGGGCUGAGAGGGAUUUCUGGAAUAUCUGGGCCUCAAGGAACAGAAGGGCUCCCGGGUGACAUCGGACCUGAUGGACCCAUCGGACCUAAAGGCGAGAAAGGAGCAGGAGGAGAACCUGGAGCAACCGGCGAAAAGGGGCAUCGAGGGGACGAAGGUAUACGAGGAUUUGUGGGAGUCCCUGGACUUUCCGGUAAUCCUGGUAUACUCGGUGUGGUGGGUCCGGACGGACUGGACGGAUGCAACGGGACGGAUGGUCGAGCCGGCGCACCUGGUAUGCCAGGAGUUUUCGGACCGCGCGGUGUGAUCGGAGCUACGGGAGAUUAUGGUCCUCCGGGAGAGCCUGGUGACGGAGGUAUCAAUUCAGUCGGUGCCAAGGGUAUUCGCGGGAAUCCCGGUAUCAACGGACUGGAGGGUUAUCAAGGACAAAGGGGUUUCACCGGUGAAAUGGGCUAUCCAGGUGAUACGGGCGACUUCGGUUUCUCAGGUCCUCCUGGAUUGCCAGGUAUGCAAGGUGAUCGCGGUGACACUGUUUACGGUUUGAAGGGUCCACUUGGUGAACAAGGAGACAGGGGAGAGCCUGGUUCACCAGGUAAGGAUGAAUACAAGAAGAAAGAGAAAUCGACGCCUGUGAAAGGUCCACCAGGACCGAAAGGCAUGAAGGGUGAUUAUGGUGAACGAAAUCGCAAAGGAGAGAUGGGUGCCAAAGGUCCACAGGGCCGACCAGGUUUUUUGGGCAUCAAAGGUGUGAAAGGUGAGCAAGGUGACGAUGGGCCAAGAGGUAAACAAGGUAUCGAGGGCCCACCAGGACCGGCUGGUGAGAAAGGAGAGAAAGGAGCUCCAGGUUUCGCUGGAUUGCCUGGUACGGAUGGAUUCGAUGGUGAACCAGGAGAAGAAGGUAAUCGCGGUCCACCUGGCAGACAAGGAGCCGAAGGAGAACUUGGACAGUAUAUUCCGGAACUUGAUGAAAUAAUCGCCGGAAAUAUCGGAAUUCAAGGAGAUCUUGGUCCUCCUGGUGAACCAGGUGAAUCAGGAACACCAGGUUUUCCAGGAAAGGUCGGUUUUAUAGGACCACCAGGACCACCAGGACCACCUGGUAUUCCUGGUUUAUCGGGAGUGAAGGGUUCGUCCAUAAAAGGAGAACAAGGAGAUGAUGGCUUAUCGGGACCCAUGGGACCUCAGGGAUCUCCCGGACUACCCGGUUUAUCCGGAAUUGUAGGAGCCAAGGGAUUUCCAGGCGUAACGAUAAUUGGACCAUCAGGACCAGACGGCAAUCCGGGUCUGCCAGGAUUAUCAGGUCCACCUGGCGAUCGCGGUGAUCCUGGUCCUCCAGGAGAGAAAGGUUUCCCCGGGAAAGGUAUAAGAAUUCGUGGACCGCCUGGAGAACGAGGUUUGCCCGGAACACCGGGUAUUCCUGGUCCCGAUGGUUGGCCUGGUUUAUUUGGCACUAAAGGUGGAAAGGGUAUUCGAGGAGAUGAUUGUGGCGUAUGUGCACCAGGUCUACCCGGGGAGAAAGGAGAACGCGGUGAAUCUGGCUUAGACGGAUAUCCUGGAGCUUCGGGAUUUCCUGGAUUACCAGGUCCUCGAGGAUUCAAGGGAAUACAAGGGAAGCGAGGUUCACUAGGACCAGCGGGACUUGAAGGUGACAGUGGAAGAUCUGGUAUUGCGGGAAUACAAGGACCUAAAGGAGAACCGGGAAAGAUAUUCUUCCCGAGAGACGAGCAGAUUGUGAGUCCACCGGGUGAUGUUGGUGAAAAAGGUUUGCCCGGUCCCGAAGGACUCAGAGGUCUACGAGGACAACCGGGACCUGGUGGUGACACAGGUGCACCAGGACCAAAAGGAGAAAAGGGUGAACAUGGCUCACCUGGAUUAUCAGGAAGGGAUGGCACGCCGGGAUGGGAUGGCAUACCUGGUGAAAAAGGUGAGGAUGCUUCGGUACCAAUUGAGGUUUUACGCGGAGAUCCAGGCUAUCCGGGAGAGCCCGGAAUAAAAGGAAUACAAGGAGAUACCGGUAACAAGGGAGAACCUGGCGAAGCCUCAGAAUACGUCGCAGACAGUAAAGGUGACAAGGGCUACAAAGGUGCUAUAGGAUCUCCUGGAGAAUUUGGUUUCAAAGGCUUCCAAGGACAUGUUGGUGAUGAAGGUCUACCAGGAUUACCUGGUGAACCGGGUUCUCCAGGUAUUUCACGGCAAGGUCCUAGUGGUUUGAAAGGAUAUCCCGGAAUGCCGGGAGAGCAAGGACUUCGUGGAACACCAGGUUCGCCUGGAUCGCAAGGACCAAUUGGUUUUGCAGGUCGCGUUGGUAACAAAGGUGAACGAGGAGAUCCAGGCACAAAUCUAACUUAUGGCGAAAUUGGAGAACGCGGUUGGUAUGGUCCAAAAGGUGAUUUUGGUGAUCCUGGUCCUCCAGGAUUGCGUGGCCGACCAGGAGAGGAUGGUCCAAAGGGUGUCAGAGGCGCUAAAGGAGCUCCUGGUUAUGAAGGACUGCCUGGACUUGAAGGAGCUAAAGGUCAACGUGGAGAUAGUAUACAAGGUGAUCGAGGUUUUCCGGGUAUACUUGGCCUGCCUGGAAUGUCCGGAAGAAUUGGAGACGUCGGUGUUCGUGGUCCCGAUGGUCCUUCUGGCUUUGACGGAAUGAAGGGUUUAAAGGGAGAAGUUGGUUUUAUUGGACGACGUGGUGAUGACGGUGACACCGGGCUUCAGGGAUAUCAAGGAAUGUACGGAAGACAGGGUUUACCGGGCGCUCCAGGAGAAAAAGGAGAAAUCGGCGAGAAUGGUGAGCCAGGCCCCCUCGGCUGGCCUGGUUUCGAUGGUAUAGAUGGAGCACCUGGUGCUAAAGGAGAAUCAGGAGAUAAUGGAAUUCCUGGAACACCAGGACUGAGAGGGCCACCUGGAUUCAAGGGUAUUAUUGGCGACACCGGUUUCGAAGGACUUUGGGGUCCUCCUGGCGAAAAUUCCUUUAGUGGCCCUCAAGGUGAUAUUGGUGAACCUGGUUUUAUGGGAGAAAUUGGGCCACCCGGUUUAGCUGGAUUCGAUGGACGACCAGGAUUGCCGGGAGAACCGGGAGUAUCAACUGAUGGUUUCAAUGGUUUGCCAGGACAGAAAGGUGAACCUGGAUUCGAUGGAUACGAUGGUAGCGUGGGACCAAAAGGAGAAAUUGGUGACAUGGGUCCUGAUGGAUUCAAGGGUGAACAAGGCGCUCAGGGUUUCCCAGGAAGGCCAGGCUUGCCUGGAAUACCUGGUAAAUAUGGCGUGAAGGGUGAAAGAGGUCCGGCUGGACCUCUUGGAUUCGAUGGAUUGAAAGGAAAACGCGGUCUCGAUGGUGAUCCCGGUAUAAUGGGUAGACCAGGAAUGCCGGGUGAACCGGGUGUAAGAGGUGCCCCAGGUAUCUUGGGUGCUCCUGGACCGAAAGGUUACGUGGGCGAACCUGGCUUACCAUCUUACGCAUUCGCGGAAAAGGGUGAUUACGGUAAUCGAGGUUACGAUGGUUUUAUUGGUAUGAAAGGAGAACAAGGUGAAUCAGGAUAUAUCGGACUGCCCGGUCGUAAAGGUCAAGUUGGAGAUCGAGGAUAUCCGGGUCCCGUUGGUUUCCCAGGAUUAUCUGGCUUCCCUGGUCUACCAGGUGAUCAAGGGCCUCGUGGAGCUCCAGGCUUGCCUGGUGAAUUCCCCGAACCCGGUGAAAUUGGUCGCGCUGGUCUAGAUGGUAUGCCUGGUAUCUCAGGUCGUCCCGGACAAAAAGGAGCACCUGGUGAAUAUGGUCCGAAUGGACCUAAAGGAAUUUCUGGUGACAUAGGCUAUAGCUUUCAUGGUCCUAAAGGAAUUACGGGAGACCCAGGUGCUAGAGGAUUCGUCGGCACACCAGGCAUGCCAGGUUUGGAAGGAUUACAAGGCUUCCCCGGAGCACCAGGGCCGAAAGGUUUCCGUGGAGAGCCGGGAAUAUCUGGGAGUAGCACGAAAGGACAACCCGGUGAACCUGGAUGGCCUGGACUAGAUGGUCGACUAGGACCAAAGGGAAUGAAAGGUGAUUCCGGUCUACCUGGCUUUGACGGACAACCAGGACUAAAAGGAGAAAGAGGAGAACCUGGUGAACCUGGUCUACCUGGAUUGCCUGGUCCUGACGGUCCACAGGGACCGAAAGGAGAAGCUGGCUUAAAUCCUUUCCCGCCUUUCCCGAGACAAGGACCUCCUGGUGAUAUAGGAGUUCCCGGAUUACCAGGCUUCCCUGGACUACAGGGAAUGAUGGGUGAACCUGGCAAAGACGGUCUGCCUGGACGAGUAGGUGAAAGAGGUAUGAUCGGUAUUUCUGGACCAUCAGGGCCGGAUGGCAAAGAUGGACCUCCCGGAUAUCAAGGUCCACCUGGAAUAACCGGACGACAAGGACAACCAGGUUUUCCUGGCGCACCUGGUGCACCUGCGCCAAACGGGAUUGGUCCAAGCGACAGAGGUUUCUAUUUUGCUCGUCACUCACAAUCGGAAAUGAUACCAAUAUGUCCAAGAGAUACCGUAAAAUUGUGGGAAGGAUUUUCUUUAUUACAUACCAUGGGUAAUGGACGGCCAUACGCUCAAGAUCUCGGUGCUGCUGGCAGUUGCAUCAAAAAGUUCUCUACUAUGCCCUUCCUAUUCUGCAAUUUGAACAAUGUAUGCGAUUACGCCAAUCGUAACGACUAUAGCUAUUGGCUUAGCACAACCGAGCCCAUGCCAAUGAUGAUGACGCCAAUACCGGCACCGGAAGUUGGUAGAUACAUAUCGAGAUGCUCUGUGUGCACAGCACCGACCAGAGUAAUAGCUGUCCAUAGUCAAUCCAUGGCCAUACCCCAGUGUCCGGGUGGCUGGAAGGAAAUCUGGGUCGGAUACAGUUUCCUCAUGCAUAGAGACGCAGGCGCCGAUGGUGGUGGUCAAUCUCUAGUCUCACCCGGAUCCUGUUUGGAGGAGUUCCGCGUCAGGCCGUUCAUCGAGUGCCGUGGCCUCGGCACCUGUAACUUCUUCGCCACCGCGACAUCAUAUUGGCUAGCAACCAUCCGUGACGACGAGAUGUUCCGCAAACCGCUGCAACAGACGCUCAAGGCCGACCAUACAUCCCGAGUGAGCCGCUGCGCUGUGUGCAUCCGCCAACGCGUCAGCGAGGAUCCUUACAGCAGGACGGCGGUCCUGAAACCCUUCACAUCAAAUAACGAACGUGCUCCCAACAAUAUUUCUGGGCGCUAUCCAGCCGGGCCACGCCGUUAUCCGUUCGUACCGCCCAAUCGCGAAAGGUAUCUCAGCCACAGGCGCCCACCACCCAAUCACUACCGUAGAAGAGAUCGCGUGCGCGGCAGGCACGGUGAACGACCGAUAGAAUCGUCCAACACUCUGUAGAUUGGCAACACGAGCUGCACACACGCUCGAGAAGAAAUAACAUCAGUGACGUGCAAGCCUAUGUAUAUAAAGAAGCAAGAGAAACUCUCUUUUUUUUUAAAAUUAGUUAAGUUAUAUCCCGGGUCGGGUGCUUUAAACUCGUAAACCUUUUACAUGGGAUACAAAGACGCGAAUAACGCAUAUAAAUAUCCAGGGACCAGCAGUGAGAAGUUUGCGAUAAGCCAGACGCACGAGUUUGAAAAAUACAAAGAAAUCUUUCUUUCGGUUUAUUUACAGAAGAAACCGUGUCACAAUAUAAAUGUUAGUUAGAGAACACAUUAAAGUAUACGAUGAAUUUUAUAAAUUUCUCAGUGUUUUAUCGAUUUUUGUUUCCGGAAGUUAUAAUUAAACGGGAAAUGUGUGUUAUUUUUGAAACUCUUGUUGAACCAAGAUCUGGACUGCUUAUCUCGAAACAUUCUUAUCUUAGACUCUUCUGUUGCUCUUGGGAAUUUGUCGGUGUUGCUGCUGCUUAUCCUAUGCACAAGGUUCAUGCACCUAGUCUCUUCCUGCGUGCCCGAUAAAAAGCGCCGCCGGCUGCCAUGAAGCCAUAUAACUGCCUUUAUGCCAAAUAGAAUAAAAAAUCAGUCGCGUCCGACCAUUGUAAACUGCCAAUAACAUCGCGUUUGCCGACGUGAUUCACGAGAUUACAGAAUACGAUAAUAUAUUAAAUUAAUGUUACCUGUAUGUUGUAUCGCUAUUCUAACUAUUAUCUUAUAUAUCUCAUUGAAUAAAGAUCUUUUUGUAUAAGCUAA